AACCCUGUGUGGCUCCUUUGAAAGAGAGAAAGUGUCGCAGGUUUAGAGGGAGAGAGGGCAGCUCGCGAGCAGAACUCUCAGGCAAACGUUCUGGAAUCUUCAGCGAGGAACACACAGUGACGUCACAUAAAAGUUAGCUUAAAGCUGCUGCAUCACUUUGAAGGAGAAGCUACAGAUGAUCGUGAGGAGGAGCUGAGGCUUUGUUCAGUUAUAAGAGCUUUGGGACGAUCCUUAUCAUGGCGGGUCUAGAACUACUUCCUGUUCGGCCGAGGAGAUAGCAUUUAAGAGAACUGAGAUGCAGGGAUGAUGUCACCUGAAGAGUCCUGUUGGUGGAUCAUGUGAUCGCUGUGUGUGUGUGCGUCCUCAUCAUGCCGAUCGACAUGGCGUUACCUCUCUACCUCUCCAAAGAGGACUUCGUCUACAGGACUUCUCGGACGUCCUGUGACCCGUCUCUGAGCUCGUGCCUCAGGUUUCAGCAGUCUCACCUCAUGGACCAGACCGGACCAGAGGACGGACGAUCGACCAGGAGAGAGUCGAGGAGAGUCAAGAAGCAGGUGACGUUCGCCGACCACAGAGGCCUGGCUCUCACCAAGGUGAAGAUCUUCUCUCAGUUCAACGACCUCAUCGACGUCCCCGUCAGCGUCCACGAGAUGUUCAGCUCGCCUCUUUGCGCGGUGCCCGAGGAGGACGAGUUGGUGCUGGACUUCACUCAGCCGUCCUCGGAUUACCUGAGCUUCCGUCAGCAGCUGGAGCAGCAGCUGGUGUGUCUGGAGCACUGCGUGCUGAAGGAGAGGGCGUUAGCAGGAACCGUGAAGGUGAAGAACGUGAACUUUGAGAAGAGCGUGAAGCUGCGUAUGACCUUUGACACCUGGAGGAGCCACGCUGACGUGGACUGUGUGUAUGUGAAGAACACGUACUCUACUUCCUACAGCGACACCUUCUCCUUCACCGUGUCCCUGCCCAGCCUGCUCGGACCGCUGGAGCACGUUGAGUUCGCCGUCUGUUACCAGGUGGGCGGGGCCGAGUACUGGGACAGUAACCAUGGCGACAACUACCGGAUCGUGUGGUCGUCGAUGAAGAGGAAGCACCAGGACGCUUGCAGCCACCGCACAGACUCCUUUAACUUUGGGAUUCACUUCGAUCGUUACGGUAGCCCCACAUGCUCACACGGGAUCUUCCCUGAUUGGCCGAGUUACGCCAGCUACGAGAACAGCGGCCCGUACUACUGAGCUGUUUUACACGUGACGUGAGACGAUCGUUUGAGGUCAUUCUGCUGCACCAGCUAACCUGCUAACGUUUAGCAACGUUAGCAUCAGAGGUGGCAAUUUGGUUCACUGUUUUGAAAGUCUUUUUUUAAAUUUGAGUUUCUGAUGGAUCAUGAACAGAAACAUUUCUUUAUGAAGUUUAAAAAGAUUUGCCGUCUUUUUGUUUUUAUAUUGUAAAUGUUGGAUCUCCACGCGUCCUGUAGUCCGACUGACGGUCCAGAACCAGACCAGAACCCGUUGGUCCUCAGGUAGAAGAGUCCGAUCACUUUGAUGUGUGCUGAACGGUUUUCUGAGAAUGGACUGGUCGUGGUCUUUUAGCUCCGCCUAAAAGGUGGUGCAGGUUCAUGUUUCAGAGAGAGACGAGGUUUGAGUGUCGUCGUGUUCUUCUUCACCAUCGUGCUCGCCCUCUCUGAGUUCUUUUAGCACGCCGAGUCCGAGGUCGUGUUUGUGCUCGGUACGUGUAAGCUGUGAGUUAGCGUUAGCUUCCAUGUUUGAUUGUUUUAUGUACUGCUGUCGGGGAUCUAACGACUUUUUAUGUUUCAAUGCUGCUCAAUAAAGUGGAACUUUUGAA